GUCCAUCUCAUAGCAGGCACAAACUCAUCCAUCCCCAGGUGAUUGGGAGAAGCAACGAUGACUCCUGGGAAGACCUCAUUGGUGUCACUGCUGCUGCUGCUGAGCCUGGAGGCGACAGUGAAGGCAGCAAUAACAAGCCCACAAAACCCAGGAUGCCCAAAUGCUGAGGACAAGAACUUUCCCCGGACUGUGAUGGUCAACCUGAACAUCCGUAACCGGAAUACCAAUUCCAAAAGGCCCUCAGAUUACUACAACCGAUCCUCCUCACCUUGGAAUCUCCACCGCAAUGAGGACCCUGAGAGAUAUCCCUCUGUGAUCUGGGAGGCGAAGUGCCGCCACUUGGGCUGCGUCAAUGCUGAUGGGAACGUGGACUACCACAUGAACUCCGUCCCCAUCCAGCAAGAGAUCCUGGUCCUGCGCAGGGAGCCUCGGCACUGCACCAACUCCUUCCGGCUGGAGAAGAUGCUGGUGUCCGUGGGCUGCACCUGCGUCACCCCCAUUGUCCGCCAUGUGGCCUAAGAGCUUUGGUUCAAAUCCCACACUCCCCAAAGCAGUUAGGCUUUCUGGAGAGCUGGCCUGGCCCCUCAGGAACCCUCAUCCUUCAAAGACAUAGCCCCAUUUCUGACUAAACUGAUUAGAGUUCUUACAGCAGUUCAUCCAAUUGAGCCUUCAGAGGUAACGCUUGGCUAAGAGAUGAGAUCUGAAUUAUCUUUCCCUCUUUUCAAGAAGGAAGGUUUAGACUAAGUACUAGUUUGCUUUUUGUAUACUUUUCUAAAGGCUUUAAGUUAUUUAUGUAUUUAAUAUGCCCUGAGAUAAAUUUGGGAUAUAAGAUUCCAUUUUAAUGGAUUAUCUACUUUAUUUUGUAUGUCUUUUUAAAGAAACAAGACUUCGGGCUUGGGAAUUUUAUUAUUUAAAAGGUAAAACCUUUAUUUAUUUGAGCUAUUUAAGGACCUAUUUAUGUUUAAUUAUUUAGAAAAAAGGUGAAAAAGUGUGAUUAUCAGUUCUGCCUAGGGAAAUGCUAGAUAGAAUGAAAUAGUAGUGGAAAAUUUCUGAGUCUUUACAACAUACAGAUACAGCAUUUCCUCCUCUUUGUCCUUUAAAAGUUAAAACAUGGCUGAAAAGAAAGACUAAACCUCCUUUCAUAUUUAUUAAUUUAAAUUUUGAAACUUGUUGAGGUUUUACAAGUGAUACAGCAAGUCUAACUCUCUGUUCUGUUAAACCCUUAUAAUAAAAUCCCUCUGUGAUAAUAAAGUUUGGUAAGAAAAUGUUUCUUUAUUCAUUCUCAUUAAAUGUAUUUUAGCAAACUCAGCUCUUCUCUAUUGGGAAGAGUUACACAAAUUCUCCUCUAAGCAAAACAAAGCAUGCCUUUGAGUAACAAUGACCUGGAAUGACCCAAUUCCAAGUUCUCGAUUUCACAGGCCUUAAAGACUGACGACCAAGGCUUUCAUACCAUUAGCCAAUGCUUUAGACAGAAGCAUUUUGAAAGGAAUUAAUUAAAUAAAAUAAUGGCCCUGAGGAAUGGCAUGUCAUUACCAAUAUCAUAUGAGGAAAAUGAAACUCUCCCCAAAAUACAAGAAGUUCUGGGAAAACACAUUGUUUUCAGACUACAACGUCCAGUCUGUCUCCCUGCACUCAGGCUUCCUUUGGAGAUUAAGGCCCCUCAGUGAUCAACAGACAAAUAUUUUUCUCUUUCUCAAGCCACACUCCCAGGGCCUGGCUUCUGUCUAAUCAAGCACCCCACAACCCAGAAAGGAGCUGAUGGGACAGAAUGAACUUUAAGUAUGAGAAAAGUUCAGCCCAAGUAAAAUAAAAACUCAAUCACAUUCAAUUCCAGAGUAGUUUCAAGUUUCAUGUCAUAACCAUUUUCACCC